AUGCGGAUUUCAUGGGGAAAAGCAGGUCUACUGCUCAGUGCUGCCUUUGGUUGUAUCGCUACAGCCGAAGAUGUCAUUACUAGUGAUGCCCACUUUUAUGGGGCUUCUCCUCCUGUGUACCCCUCUCCCCAGGGAGUUGGUGCCGGCGACUGGGCUUCUGCAUACAAGAAAGCCAAGGCCUUCGUUGCCCAACUCUCUGAUGAUGAAAAGGUCAACCUUACCGCCGGUGUCUCUUCGAACACUGGCUGCUCUGGCACCAUCCAGGGUAUUGACCGGCUGGGGUUUCCGGGUAUAUGCAUGAGUGACGCUGGCAAUGGACUGAGAGGAACCGAUUAUGUUAAUGCUUGGUCAUCUGGGAUCUCUGUUGGCGCCAGCUGGAACCGCGACCUUGCCAAGGAUAGAGGUGUCUACAUGGGCAAGGAAUAUCGCAAAAAGGGCGUCAACAUGAUUCUUGGCCCCGUUGUUGGCCCUCUCGGCCGCGUAGCCCUCGGGGGUCGCAACUGGGAGGGAUUCGCCGCUGACCCUUAUCUGAGUGGCAUUCUGGUGGCUGAGUCUGUGAAGGGUCUUCAGUCCGAGAACGUUGCUACGUCUCUCAAGCACUAUAUCGCCAAUGAACAAGAAAUCAAUCGCAACCCUACUAAUGACUCCGAAGGGAAUGCCGUUCAAUCGGUGUCUUCGAAUCUUGAUGAUAAGACAAUCCAUGAGCUCUACCUCUGGCCAUUCCAGGAUGCUGUUCUUGCUGGCACCACGAACAUCAUGUGUUCCUAUAACCGGUUGAAUAACUCUUACGGCUGCCAGAACAGUCAGAUACUGAACGGUCUAUUGAAGACUGAACUAGGCUUCCAGGGAUACGUUGUCACCGACUGGGGUGCCCAGCAUGCUGGGAUUGCUGGUGCUAAUGCGGGACUCGACGUUGCGAUGCCUUCCUCUGCAACAUGGAACAGCAAUCUGACAACUGCCAUUGCCAAUGGGUCCAUGGAGGCCUCGCGUCUGGAUGACAUGGUUACACGAGUCAUGGCAACGUGGUACUACCUAGACCAGAACACUGCCUUCCCAAAUCCCGGAAUUGGAAUGCCCAAGAGUGUGAGCGAACCUCACCAGGCCGUCAUUGCCACAUCGCAAGAAGCAAAGCCGGUUCUGCUGCAAUCAGCAAUUGAAAGCCACGUCCUGGUGAAGAACACCAAUGCUGCACUUCCUCUCAAAUCUCCAAAGCUGAUAUCCGUCUUUGGCUAUGACGCCUACGCCCCCUUGACCAAUGACUUAAGUAAUAGUUUCAAUUUCGACACAAGUAAGACCAGGUCAGACCUGUAUAAAAACCGGACGCUGCAUGUCGGCGGUGGCUCUGGUUUAAAUUCGCCUGCCUAUAUUGAUGCCCCUAUUGACGCCAUCCAACGCCGGGCGUACAAGGACGGCUGCUCUGUUCUUUGGGACUUCUCUUCUGAAAAUCCCAAUGUGGACUCCACAUCAGAUGCAUGCCUAGUCUUCAUCAACGCCUACGCCGAGGAGGGCUUCGACCGGAAAGCACUAUCCGACAGCCACAGCGACGCCAUCGUAACGAACGUCGCAAAGAACUGUUCCAAUACCAUCGUCGUCGUCCACAACGCAGGCAUCCGCACCGUGGAAGCAUGGGUUGAUCACGCCAAUGUCACCGGCAUCAUCUUCGCACAUCUGCCUGGCCAGGACACAGGCCGCGCCUUGGUGGAACUCUUAUACGGCGAUUCGAAUCCCUCCGGUAGACUCCCUUAUACUGUUGCUAAGAAGCCCUCGGAUUAUGGUUCCCUCCUUGAACCGUCGCUGCCAGAAGGGAAGUAUAAGUAUUUCCCCCAGUCUGAUUUCUCGGAGGGCGUCUACAUUGAUUACCGCGCUUUUGAUAAGAAUGGAAUCGAGCCGCAGUAUGCAUUUGGGUUCGGUCUUUCGUAUACCACGUUUGAGUACUCCGGCUUGAAGAUCUCGAAGAAGAAGGGUAAGAAUGCUGCCUACCCGGCUAAAACAUCGAAGGUAGUUCCCGGCGGGAAUCCGCGUCUCUUUGAUGAGCUGGUCACUGUGACAGCAACGGUCAAGAACGCCGGGGCCGUUGAUGGGCAGGAGGUUGCCCAGCUGUACUUGGGAAUCCCGAAUGGCCCUGUUCGCCAGCUUCGUGGCUUUGAUAAGGUCGCUAUCAAGGCUGGAAAGUCGGAGAAGAUUUCGUUUGCCUUGACGCGGCGGGACUUGAGUACUUGGGAUACCGAUGCACAGGAGUGGCUCCUUCAGCGCGGAGAUUAUAAGGCCUAUGUUGGUAGGGAUAGUAGGGACUUGCCUCUUGAAGCUACUCUGUCUUUUUAA